AUUAUCAAUAGGAGUAAUCACAUAAACGGUUUUCUAUUUUAUUUUAUCUAUAUCGAUAGGUACUACUCAAUAAAUAAGUGAUCAACCAAUCUCAAAUAUAUUUUGUUCGGACUUUUUUCGCCGGACUUUUUCACCCAAAGGUCGUUAGUACCGCAUUAUAGCCUGUAGCGUGCGUAUUAUCGCAGCGGGUGCCGCCUUGCCCGCACAGCCGCCGAACCCGAACGCUGCCGAAUAAUAUUAUCACGCCGUCGACGGUGGCGACGUCACGGGCGGACAGUGUUUCGCACAACGCUGCACAGCACUCACCACCGCCGUCAGCGUUUCCCAACGACAUUUGGAUCCACAGCUUUCGGUCUCUUGGUGACGGAAUUAUUGUUAUUGAAUUGUACAUCUACCUGCCGCGCAUGUCGUCCGAGAUCAAUUGCCAUCAGCGUUUCGAACGCGUAUGUCUGUUUUUGCGCCCGACUUGCGGUCGUGUACGAUAUGACAAAACGCGAUAACUUCCAUCGACGACGCCGACGAGACGACGAAGACUUCGCGGCCUUCACUUCCCUGGCAAUAAAAAUUGCGACGGACACACCUGCAGCGGAAAUAGGGGCUGUACUGCUUCAGGCUAUACCGAAACAAGCUCGGAGUGUGGACUUGGAGAAUACCGGAUAGUACGUUAUAUAGGAUUUCAUAAUAUCGUACAAUACAUCGAAUAUUACAACAACUACGUCACAGAGCUUUGAGCAAGUGCCGCGGCAGCUGCAGCAGGACGUCCGGUCGGCCACUCGGUGAUGGGGCAUCUCAAUCACACCGUCGAGUCGGCAAACAAAGCGUUCGCACCACCACCUUCUGCAUCGCAGCCUCAUCGUUUGUCAUCGGCCAUCACAACUUUGGGGUACGUGAUCGGCACCACCGCUACGACCGGCCGCGACCUGCAUAACGCCAACAGCAGCAAUAGCAACGACCGCGGUGCUGGAAAUUGCACCGGCGCAACGUCAACAAUCGCACCGGUGACGGCCGCAAUGCAGAACGGAACGGCUGUGCCGGACCGGUUGGCCAGCGACUACUAUUACUAUUACGCGUACGACAACACUACCGAGACCGCCCUAUUCUAUCCGCUCAAUGGUUCUGCGGCUGGCGGGCGGACGGGGCCGUUUAAAUCCAACUGCCAGUGGAUACCCGCCCAGCAGAGCCUUUUCCAGUUCUCCAACAUUUGUUUCCUGACCGCUUUCAUAGUUCCUAGGAGUUACAAGUUCAGCGUGUUGUCACUGAGGGCGUUGCUGUUCUUAGGGUUUCUGAUGUCGGGUCUUUGGGCGUCAACGGACGUGUGCGCGGUGGAUGCGUUGCUCUGGUACGGAUCACUGGCUUUGAUAAACGCCGUGCACACGCUUAAACUGUGUAAGAAGCUCAUGCCACCCGCGCUAUCGGUCGAACUCAUGGAAUUGUACUUGCGGGUGUUCAAGCCGCUCAAAGUCAGCCAGAAACACUUCCGGGAGCUAACGCGGGAGGCGGCCAUCGAGGAAUUGUCGCCUGGCGAGUGUUAUGCGGUCGAGGCAGUGACGCCUUGUGAUCAGCGACUGUCCAUUCUACUCAGAGGCAGGUGUGGUGUUACUUGCGAAGGUACACAGUUGCACAAUAUCAGUUCGUAUCAAUUCAUUGAUUCACCCGAAUGGAUGGCUUCAGCUCUAAUGCACGGAGAAACUAUGUUCCAAGUAACGAUAACGGCUGCUGAAGAUUGUGUUUACUUGUGUUGGCAACUUUCAAAACUCAAUCGGAUAUUUAAACAUAGAACUCAAUUGCACGCUGUACUUGCUAGUAUCAUAGGCAAAGAUAUAACGCACAAAAUGUACUCGCUGAACGAGCAGCUUGGCCAAGCAAAAAGUUUCGACGACCAAACGCGUGCUGCACGCAACGACCAUUGGCGGCAAGCGAUUUACAGGAGCGUCAGCUUCGACGCCGUUAACACGGGAACUAAAGGAACCGUUAGGUCGAGCGCUUGGAAACGAUAUAGAGACCGAAAGGCGUCGUUAUUCGCGGAUCCCGGCGAAAGUCCGGUGCACGGUCCGCGAAGGUGUUGGAUACCGGUGUUGACCACGCAACUUUCGGAUAGCACCACAGCAUACGCCAGCAUGGACGGGCAAUCGUCUUCGGCCGACGAAGAACGCGAACCAAUGCUCCCAGAGGACCACCAGUCGGACGAUAUACCGCUGUACCGGUUGGGCAGACAGCAGCAGUCAGCCGCCGUGUUGGCGUCGAUAUCCGCGACUGUGCCGGAAGCAGCCGGCCUGGAGCUCAACGCGGACGCGGCCCAGCGACCAAGGCGCCUCAGCUCGUUGCGACGUCAAAACAGCAGCGCGAGCAACAGGGAAGUGAUAUUCGACGAGACGGUACUCUAAAAUGGCGUACACAAAUUGUUAUUUUAGGGAUCCAGGCUUAUUGCAUUUGCAUAUUUUUUCCUGUCUGUCCAUUUUACUGCGAAAUAAUUGCUAUACAUUUGUUUUAUGCUAAUAAGAAUUUAUUCGUGAAUUUUUAAAUAAGCAGUUUUGGGCAUUUAUUUUCAUAAUAAUUAUAUAUUAUACAGAAAUUUUUUGUAUUUCACACAUUUGUACGGAAAAUAAUAAAUUUAUGAACUUAUGAUUUGUGAUAAAAAAUAAAAUCUAAUAACACGGUACACUUCAAUCUUGUAGUAUUAUUACUUCUUAGUGAUAUUGUAAGAGAUUUUCAUAAUUCAUGUGUUUAUUUACUCGUACACAAAUGUAUAUCUGCACGGAAACGCUAAAAGCGUCGUAUUUUAUUUCGAAUGAGUAGAAAAUAACCAUAAUGAUCAAAGCUGGGCAAGUUAGUAUAGUUUUUCAACUUGUUUAUUCAUAAAUAAUUUUAUAUAUUAAGAUUAUUGAGCCUUAAUUAUUGUUGAUGAUUUAUGACAUUAAUAAAAUUAAUUGAAUAAGGCGGUGACAUACCACUAAUAUAUGAGUCAUUUACUAAAAUUACCACCACGGCACCUCCGCAUAAUAUGUUAACAAUAAAUAUAUUAUGAUAAGAAAUGUAACAAUGAACACAAAAUACUAUAAUUUAAUUAGUAAUUAUAAAAAACUAUACAAUAUACAUCAAUGAUUAAUUAUUAUCCAGUAUUCUUAGUCUAGACCUGCCAUACUCAACCUUUUUUUUUUAUUUGGGCCA